AUGAGGAUCGUAAAGAAAGGUGCUUCGCUGCUCGUUCUGGAAGAACCAAUUCUCUUCACCACAUUUCAGAAAAUCCAUCUCAAGCGCAGUCCACCAACACUCCACCCAGGCAGCGCAACUGAGAAGGUCGGCCCCUGCGAACCAACGAGGAAGUUUAUCAGCAUCGCCCAAAUCGUGAAGGCAGCUCCUCCAAAACGAUUCUCAACGCCCUCUUUCACAAGCUUCAAAGGGGCUUCCAAUCCCGAAAGCCAUCUGAAGCAUUUCAAAAGUCUUGUGAUCCUCUACAAGGCGGAAGACGCGUUAAUGUGCAAGGUAUUUGCAAUGACUUUGCAAGGAGCAGCUCAGGACUGGUUCCAUACCCUGCCUUCCAGGUCAAUCAGCAGCUUCAAGGAGCUUGCUUAUGCCUUCACCAAAGGAUACACUUCUUACCGGACAAUCAAGAAGAACCUUGACCACCUGUAUAACUCGCGCAAGAAGCCCGAUGAAUCCUUUCGAGAUUACUUAAAAGGAUUCAAAGUAGAAAAGGCCAACAUCAUAGAGUGCGAUGAUCGAAUCUCAUCCUCUAUAUUCAAGAAAGCUCUUCCAGCUGAACACAACUUAUACCACGAGCUGACUAUCACUCCCAGCCAGACUCUGGCAGAGGUCUUCGCCGCCACAGAAUCUUACGUGCUUUGGGAUAACGAUCGAAUCGUAACGAAGAAAUCCAAUGAGCAGGAAGAUCAGCCGACCAAGCGGGCAGACCAAAGAAGCGACAGGCUUGGCAGCAGGGACAGACAAAUGCAGGUCGCGCCCACAAGGAGACGCUUUGACAAAGGAGAACCACACUAA